AUGGGGUGGGGAAGGUAUGACACAUGGAAAUUUGCUGUUGGGCCAUGGGUAUUUGUUGUUGGGUCAUGGUUAUUUGUUGUUGGGCCAUGGGUAUCGUCUGUUGGGCCAUGGGUAUCUGCUGAUGGGUCAUGGGUAUUUGUUGUUGGGCCAUGGGGCGGUAAAGUGGGUAUUGUGUAUUGGUUAAACACAUCGCUGUUUGGGAAUGGGGGUUGGGGUGUUGGACCACCUAGUGGUAGUGCCGUCACAGGAUAUGGCGGCGGACCAUCGGAUGUUUUGUUGUCACAAGAGAUGGUGGUAGGCCACCAGAUGAGGGUGCCGGUUCAAGAGAGGGUGGCAGGCCGCCGGAUAAUGGUACUGCUUCAAGGGGUGAUGGCGGGCCGCCGGGGGAUGGUGCUACGUCAAGAGAAGGUGGUAGGCCACCGAAAGAUGGCGUUGUUGGGGUGUUUCCUGCUUCCAACGACGUCAUCGAGUGUAUCGGGUUGUGUGGUGGUUCCGAUGGCUCACUUGUCGUCUUGUUCGUCAUGCGUGGUUAAUUUGAAAGACCAAAGAAAAGAGAAGGGGUUUGUGUAUCUAUUCUCACACAAACGGAUGGCGCCAAAUGAUGUGACCUGGUUCCGAACCACCUAA